AUGGCGGACUCGCUCGGGUCCGAGAAGAGCGGGGGCGGCAGCAGGCAGAGGUUCGGGGACGCCGACCAGCUGCGAGAGGUCUUGAGUCGGCACGUGUCCAAACCGUCGUGGAUUAAGUACGGCACGAAGCCGGGCUCGGACAAGUGUCAGCAGACCAUUCUAGACAACGCAGACCUGCUGAAGGACUUGGAAUCGCUGAGCCCCAACCUGAGCUUCAACCAGGAGCCGACCAAGAGGGCGCUGGAGGCGGUGGUCAGAGACAAGUUCACCGCCACGAGCUCGGAGGCCAUCGAGAGUUGGUCCGAGGAUGAGCUCGGAGGCCAUCGAGAGUUGGUCCGAGGAGCACGGAAGAGGUUUCAGGGUGUAAACCAGGAUGAGGACGAGGUGGAGGAGGGAUAA